CAGCGAGGAAUUCGGGAAGAUCAGCACAAUAAGGAAAGUUCCCGUUAUGAAAGAUGGAGAUUUCAUUCUUACAGAGAGCACUGCCAUCCUGGAGUACAUGGUGCAAAAACACAAGGCCCCUGAUCACUGGUUCCCCUCUGAGCUGCAGCCCAGAGCCCGGGUCAACGAGUACCUGUCCUGGCAACACACCAACCUCCGCGCCACUGGCUCCAAGGUCUUCGUCCUCAAGGCGGUGUUUCCAGUGAUGAUGGGCAGUGAAGUGCCGAAGGAGAAGAUGGAUGCUGCGCUGGGGGCCCUGAACGAGUCUGUGGCUCUGCUCGAAAACUACUUCCUCCAAGACAAACCCUUCAUCGCUGGAGACCAGAUCUCUGUGGCCGACAUAGUGGCCAUAGCAGAGAUCAUGCAGCCUGUAGGGACGGGCGUGGAUGUGUUUGAAGGGCGUCUGAAGCUUAGCGCCUGGAGGGACCGAGUCAAAGCAGCUCUUGGGGAGAAGCUGUUUAAAGAAGCAAACGAAGUCAUCAUGAAAAUCAAUGAUCUGACAAAGAACGUCAACAAAACCAUUCUGGAGAUGAUGAAGCCAAAGUUUCAGAUGAUGUUCAGCUAAAGAUGAGAGCAAAUAACAACCAAAUAAAAGCAACCAAAAUGUAACAUACCUCAAGUCUG